AUGGCUAAGCCAAUAGCUCUGGCUAAACGGUCGUUCUGCGCGCAGCCCGCGCACCUGAGUGCCCGCGCCCUUACGUGCCCGCGCAGCCCGCGCCUUUGCGUGCCCGCGCAGCCCGCGUGCCCAUGCAUGCCUCGGCCAAAGGGAUUCAAGCGCUCUUUGGCUGCUCAGCAGCGACGACAGGAGCAGCUCUUGGCCGCUGCCCGCCGUCGCUCCCCCAGCCCUGAACCUACUGUUUGCUAUGGCACUGGUUCUCGGCAUUCUGUGCGUAAGCAGAACUGGGAGGUUUCGCAAGUCACUGGAAAACCUUACAAGCAGAAAUUUCCAGACGAGUGUCCUGACAAGAAGUUUGUUCUGAUUGCCGGGCACUCGCAUUUACGUGCACUUGUUGAUGGGAUCGUGCCGAUGCCAGAGGGAUGUCUGUCCUUUGGCUUCAGCUCGACUCCUGGGGGUUCUGCCUGGGACAUCCAGAGGCAGUUGGCUGUGGCCAAGAUUCCCAGAGAGCCUGCUCUGGUCUGUCUACUCUCCCCUUGUAACAAUUUGCACGCCAGCACUACGAUUGAUGAGGCUGCAGCUGAGUUCGGCCGACUCCUGGCCUAUGUCUGCGGCCGCUGGCAGAGGGUCAUUGUCAUGGAUUUUCCAAAUCGUCUUGCGGAUGAUUUGUAUCUCCAGACUCUCUUGAGACAGGAGUUUCACCGCGUCUCGGCUCGCAUGGGAAUCCGCUUUUUCCCUGUGGCUGAGCAUUUCCCGAUGGAUCGCCUGGAGCUGUGGAGCAGAGACGGCGUCCAUCUGAGCGACAACCAUGGGAUGGGGAUCUUGGCUCAGCUCCUGUGGCAGGCUUGCUACACGGAGCUAGAGAGGCAGACACCUGCCCCCACCGCCCCCGGUGUCUCCUCCCCCAUCCCGCGUCGCCACCAGAAGGUACUGAAGAACCAGAGCUCUCCUGUGGGACUCCAGGCAGGACUGGUUGAUGUGGUUUGUCCACAUACUUCUCCUCUGUGCUGUUCUGUGCUGUUCAGCCCCGCCAUGUUGGUUGAGAUGGACAAGAUCUCUCCAUCCAACCUUGAUUCUUUUCCUAAGGAAAAGAAGACGUCUGAGGCAAGACGUCCCAAAGCUGUUGCCCGUAAACGCCGGCCGCAGGCAGUGGUCAAGGCAACGGCUGGGGAGGUGAGCACUGCCUGCUCACCUUCCAGCUCAACACCCGGGGAGGUGGAGCACAAGCCUGUUGUGGAGGUGAGGCGCCGCCCCUCUCCUUCACGCUCCUCUCCUGGUCCGGAGGUGAGACCCUGCUCACCUGCCAGUUCCCCACCUGCAUUGGAGGAGGACCAGGCGGCUGUGGAGGUGAGAAGCCCUUCCUGUCCUCGCCACUCCUGUGCAGACGUGGUGAAAGUUACUACACCCGUCAUCUCCACAUCCAGGAUGGCACGGAAACGCUCUACACGUGCCAGCUCCACAUCCGGGAUGGAGGAGAAUGUCUCGCGAGAGACAAUAAAACCACCUUCCUCAAAGCGUCGAUGCUCCCAGCGACAGCCUAAGGGAGCAUCUACAUUGAAGGUGAGACCUGUGUCAACUCCUGUUUCCCUGUCUGAGAUGGAACUGGAUGAGUGUGUAGAGGUCGAAGUGACUCCAGGAACGUCACUUAGCAGUUCCAAAGACCAGAUGGGGAUGUUGACAGACCAGACCUGCCCUUCUCCUGCCACCUGUCUGCCGCCUUCUUCUCCACUCUCUCCACUCAGCCCUCCUCAUCUGACCAGCCCUCCCUGUUCUUCUGUGACCAGUCAGCCUUCUCCGCUCAGCCUUCCAUCAGCUGUCCAAGAGGAGAGUGCUUCAGACAAAGGAGAGAAAGAUAAGUCUUGUUGUGCACAAUCUGAUGUAGUACCUGUUAGUGUUAGGGAAAGUCUUCCUUCUGCAAUUAGGGGUAGUUUUCAUCAGGGCGAUAGUCGGUUCUUGUAUGGUGGUGUACAGUGCAUGGCAAUUUCUCUGGUGGCUUUAGCUAAGCAUACGGAGUUGAAUGUGUUUUCGUGGGAUCAGAGGCAGUUAGACAGGGUUUUGAUUCUUGGGGAUGCACUGUACACAGAGCGUCGGAAUAAGGGCUCGAUUAGUGGGGAUAGGUAUUUACUUGUUACAGAGUUACCAACCGAGUCUGUUAUAGAUGGGCAGCAGUUUAGAUUUUCUUUCAGUGAGCCACGUAAUGGAGCUGCAAAUGUGGUAGAGCACGAGUUUAUUGAGGAAGGCGCGUGGGUGACGUUAGAUGGUGGUUUAGAACAGUUGUUGGCACAGUACGACACAUGUCUUAUGACACUCUGUGGUAGUACUUGUGCAGUUAUUAAAAGCAAUGGUCGGUAUGCCGUGGUAGAUUCUCACUCGCGUAGUGCUGAAGGGUUGGUAGAUGCUGAUGGCAAAAGUGUGGUUGUGUAUUUUAAUAGCAUAGAUGAGCUGUAUAGUUAUUUUUGUGCGUUGGCUGCAUGUUAUGGCGCUUGUGAUGAGGAUAGUGAUGAUGUGUCUUUUAAAGAGUUUGAGAUUACUGGUGUUAAUGUUGUUGUAGCAGAGGAUACUCUGAGGGGCUUAAAGCGCCAAAAGGCCACAGAUGUUUCUUCUUCUGUGCCCCUAAACACGCUUAAAAAGACAAAGCAGGACACUGACAUAAACUUGGAUGUGCUGUGCACUAGUGUUCAAGAGAAUGCCUUGUCCUUCAAUCCACUUACUGAAAGUGAUUGUAAGCACUUGUGCAAACACAUUAAGGCCGAGUUUCAGAAGGUUGGUGUAGCAGAUCCUAAAACUGUAGGUCCAUUAGGCGCACCGUGUCACAAAGACAAAAUUGUUGCGGACGGUAAUUGUUUCUUUCGUGCGAUUUCGCAGGCCAUUAGUGGCACACAAAAAAAUCAUAGGAAAAUUAGACUUGCGAUUGUGAAACACCUUUUAAAUAAUCCUUUAAAAUAUAACACACUAUUGCGCGAUGGUUAUUUGUCUGUAGAAGACUAUAUCAGCGCGUCGAACAUGCGUAAAGUUGGAAGUUGGGCCACUGAAGUAGAAAUUCACGCCGCCGCGGAUUAUUUAGGCAUCAAUGUAUUUACAUUUUAUAAUGGACAUUGGCUUAAAUAUGGUUGUACUACCAAGCCUUUGUCAUCCAGUGGCAUCUAUCUAGAAAAUAUUAACAGUCAUUACGAAAAUGUAACUUGCGUCCAUCUGAGCGACAACCAUGGGAUGGGGAUCUUGGCUCAGCUCCUGUGGCAGGCUUGCUACACGGAGCUAGAGAGGCAGACACCUGCCCCACCGCCCGGUGUCUCCUCCCCAUCCCGCGUCGCCACCAGAAGGGUUAAGCCAAAAGUGGUCGUGACCGGAUCUUUGCCCGUACCACGCCCACGCCCUACUGAUGACGAAGGAUACACCAAGGUUGAACCAGGCAGAAAGGUGGUUUGUCCACAUACUUCUCCUCUGUGCUGUUCUGUGCUGUUCAGCCCCGCCAUGUUGGUUGAGAUGGACAAGAUCUCUCCAUCCAACCUUGAUUCUUUUCCUAAGGAAAAGAAGACGUCUGAGGCAAGACGUCCCAAAGCUGUUGCCCGUAAACGCCGGCCGCAGGCAGUGGUCAAGGCAACGGCUGGGGAGCCUGUUGUGGAGGUGAGGCGCCGCCCCUCUCCUUCACGCUCCUCUCCUGGUCCGGAGGUGAGACCCUGCUCACCUGCCAGUUGCCCACCUGCAUUGGAGGAGGACCAGGCGGCUGUGGAGGAUGGCACGGAAACGCUCUACACGUGCCAGCUCCACAUCCGGGAUGGAGGAGAAUGUCUCGCGAGAGACAAUAAAACCACCUUCCUCAAAGCGUCGAUGCUCCCAGCGGCAGCCUAA